AUGUCGUCACAACUUAGAUUUGCUGUUGUUGGUACUGGAAUUUUUGCCACCGACACCCACUUGCCAACUUUCCAAAAAUUGCCAAAUUUGAAACCAGUGGCUGCUUACAACAGAACCAAAUCAAAGGCAGAAGCAUUUGCGUCAAAGGCAGGGAUCCCUGAAAAUAAAGUUUACAACUCAUUGGAGGACGCAUUUAAGGACCCAGAGGUGGACUUUGUUGAUGCGUUAUUGCCAGUGCAAUUCAACCUUGACGCUGUCAAAUUGGCCAUUGAAAACAAGAGACCAAUCUGCUUUGAAAAACCAAUUGCCGCCAAUUUAUCACAAGCUAAAGAGAUCGUGCAAUUGAGUGAAAAAACAGACUUGCCAAUUUUGGUUUUGGAAAACUGGGCAUACUUGAAAGCUAUCAAGGUGUUGAAAGAAGAGGUACUCCCACAAUUGGGUGAAAUUGUUGCAUUUACUUACAAUGCAACUGGCCCUUGGAAUGAUAACAACAAGUACUUGGCCACCGGCUGGAGACAAAAGCCAGAGCACAUUGGUGGAUUUUUGAGUGAUGGGGGUGUGCAUCAAUUGGCAUUAUUAACUGAGGUAUUGGGCAACGUUAAAUCCGUCAGUGGAUUGACUAAACAAUUGAAAGAAGAAAGUGGUACUGAUGACAUCUUGUUCUCAACCUUUAAUUUAAACUCUGGUGUCAUUGGAACAUUUACAUACGGUUCAGCUUUUGGUGCCACUGAUAAGUCAACCAGCUUCACAAUCUAUGGUAAAAAUGGAUCAGCAACCUAUGACUGGUCACCAGUUUUAAGCAAGCCAAAGAUUGUCUACCAAACUGGAACCAGUGGUCAAGACAAGAGCGAAAAGAAAACAAUUGAAAUUGAUGAAGUAAACACUUUUGAGCAAGAGUUUGAAAACUUUGCUGAAGCAAUUGAGAAAAAGGAUAAGAAGUUGAUCAAGGUUCCACCAACUAAAGCCUUCCAUCAUUUGGCUAUAGUUGCUGCUGCUCUAGAGUCGUCAAGUAAAGGUGGAGCUAAUGUCAAUGUAGAAUUAUCAUAG